AUGAAUAAAGAAGAAGAGGAGUUUAUUAAAGAGCGGGAAAGGAACAGAGAACUAAUGGAAGAAAUCGCCAGAGAAAUUGAAAUGACCUGCUCAGGUAAGUUAAAAAAUGAAAUUAAAUAACAAUAUUAAAAACCUUGGAUGAGCAACUCCUUCCACACGAAUUGCACGCCCAGUUGAAUGUGUUCUAUAUGGAACAAUGCAGACUUCGCAUUUCUAAAGCCACUUACCCUUUUAGUUUAACCCAUUUAGUCGCAACCUCCCGCUCAGCAGACCUGCACUCACCCGACUGAGCUAACCAGACGGCGGAGGUUGAAAAAAAAAAGAACACUGUUACCUUAUUAUGGAAAUCCUGACUAAUCUUGUGAGAGAUUUAGACAAACAUUUUGGGAAAAAAUCCACUGCCAAUUUCGUUGUUCGCCACUACUCUUCCCAGUUUGAAUUCCCCCUAUUCCGGAAAGCUAAAUAGCCCCAAUUCCGUGAGGUGAAAGGCUACAAGUUGGACUAGAUAUCUAUAGAAUAAAAGAGCAAACGAGAAAGCUCCUCAAAACGUUUAUGCUAGUUUUUUUUUCUAAAAACGCACAAAAUUUUCCGACUUGGAAUUUACUGGUACCAAUUUAGAUAAACGAUUUCUAGUCCAUGAGCCAUUUUGUGAGAAGUGGGUAAAAAUACAAUAUUUGUAGCAACCCCUUAUGGAUAAUUGUUUCGUUGUUAUUAAAUGAAAACUUAGGAUGUGCUAAAUUGUGAUCGGUCUGUUACCAAACUUGAGACUUAAGGAAGGUUAUUGGAAAAAUUAGGGGCUUAUAUUAAACGGUUGUGGAAGACGAAAAAUUUUUCCCUUAAAUAAUGAAACUAUAUGCAAAUUCGAAGCCUUUCUCUCAAGUUAUUAACCACUUUCAGUUCGAUCAAGCUUUCUCAAUUCAUGGUGACAAUUGAAACUUGGUUGCGUUUGAUUGUAUGAGAAACCCGGAUUUGAGUUAAAAGUCCGGGUUUUAGAUUUGGCAGUCGAACGCGAAAUGCAAAACGGAUUUCACCCUCACCUCCCGAGAAAGCCUUUAUACCGUUCUAGUUGGAAAAACUGUUCUCGUGAACAGUGUUUUUUUUUCUGCUUGUUGUCGUGCGCAUGCGAGACAACUGUUCUCUCAAAAACAGUUCAAAUCUUUUCUCGUAUCCCCGAAAUACUGAUUACCAAAGGUCAAAUUUCACUUGUAUUGCAACCAUAUAGACCAGCAACACCAUACGAUAACAGGCCUUUAAAUGCAAUAUUUUUUUGUUUGGAGUAUUGAUACCAACGUUUUUUCAAUGGAUUUUAAUCAAGAGAUCAUGAUAUCAGUUGUUUGCGCUUAUAGGAUAAAACGUUUAAGUCAAGGAAAUUCUUAUAACUAACGUUUACUUGGUAAUUUGUAGAUGAAUGUAAAGCAGGACUACAUAACUGCCACGAUGAUGCAUACUGCACCAACACCAAGCGUUCGUUCACGUGCACUUGCAAACCAGGAUAUACUGGGGAUGGCGUCAACUGUGCAGGUAACAUAAUAUUGAGCUGAAACGAACAGAAUUUUAUCUUAAGUCAUAUGUUAUUCCAUGCCAAAAAUAAUACAGCCAAACGGAAAGGUAGAAAUCUGUUUUCAUAUUCAGUCAGUGCUAUGUCACAGAUUGUAUCUACGAAAAGAGUUUUGGCCUUGGUACGUGUAAAGUUGUGGCCUCCAGUUUUCCCACAGAAAUCAAUAGCAACGGAAAUAAUUUUAACCGCCAAAAAAGUAUAUUUAAAGCCAACGCUACAAUGUACGUAUGUUAAUACAGCAAAAAGGCAACAUUUGUAUUCUUGCUUUCACAAAUUUAAGUAAUAAUAAUAACUACUACAACUUAACUGGUUGAGCUCGAACUGUAUCCCCAAUAAAGCACACAGGCUUAGUGCCGGUUAGGCUGGGGAUACAAAAGUGUGACCAACAGAUGUCUGGGACAGGAAACACCGAGCUCAAAGGAAUAGAGACAGAAAAACUUGGGAUCUAUCCUUGAUAUAAGGAGAUCAUCUUCAUUAAUAUAUAUACCUAAAGCAGGAUAUAGCAUCUACGAAAAACUCUUACCAGUUUUUAGUACCGAAGGUACCCGUCUUGAGGAGAAAUAGAGCCACCAACUCAAGUAAUUCAACCGAUCCAAUUUCAACUGCAGCGAAAGCCCAAGUAAUAGGUAAUUUAUUCAAGCUUGCAAGAUUUGCCAUCACAUUCGCACGGGCAGUUUGCCACUGGGGAUAAUGAAAAGAAUAAGAUGAUUGUCAUAUUUUCUUCAUCUUUAUCCCUAAGCGGCAAACUUCUCGUGCAAAUGUGAUGUCAAGGCUAAAAAGCUUGAAUAAAUUACCAAGUGCAAGGGCUUUCAGUGAAGUUGAAAAUGGACGGUUAGAAGUACUGGAGUUGGUGGCUUUAUUCCUCCUCAAAACGGAAACCUGCAACGCUAAAAACUUUUAAGUGUUUUUCGUAGAUGCUAUAUUUUGCCUUGUUAAGAUACGUUUCGAAAAGAGAGGGUCAAAUACAAAGUAAGUUUGAUGAAUGGAAGUUCUUUAAUCUUGCCCCGCGUUCAGCAUAAACUUGUUCUUCUUGUAUUGCGAACUGUAUUCACCGUAGGUUUCUGAUUACUCAGUUUCUUGCAGCUAAACUUUUGGGCAAGAAUAUCAUGAUUGCAGAGAGGAGAUAGUCCCUCCGCAGCUUUCCUCUAUUUGUUCGUCAACUUUCACAAAUGUGUUAGCGUUGCAUUUUAAGAUUAAAUUUGACCAGGUAUUUGUGCAGCGAGUUCUACGUUCACGAUUGACUUCAAAAUUGCAGAUAUAAAACUAGAGAGCUCUGAGGGUUAUUUGCUGAAGUUAGAGAAAAAUCUGUCUUGGUGGGUUUCAAAGUUAUAGACAUUUUUUUUUUUUAAAUGCGGUUUUAAACGCAUGCCGAAAUCUCAAAGGUUUUUAUACCUACAAGAAAAUAAAUAACAGUUUCUUAAAGUUAGACUAUUUUUUAUUAAGGAAACCAAAAAUCCUAGAAAUCGGUUAAAUCUUUCCUGCCUAAAAACACGAUUCAAAAUAUAACCAACACGCAUAUAAAUAGGUUCGGGCCACCUUAACGGCGGUCCCGGGACAGCUGUUCUAAGCAUACAUUGAGACUAAAUACAUAAGAUAAGGAACAGGUGAAAAACGGCGCUAACCGUACAAAAAAAAAUACGAAAAUAAAGUAAGAAGAAAUUAUAAGAUUCAAAAAACUGGCAGAGCUGAGCUGCCAACAGAAAUAAAUGUGGUCAGACAGAGGCCAGAAAAGAAAACCUGCCUAAAAAUCCACGAAGGGAAAAAGUUCGGGAGGGAAAUCUGGAUAGGAACCAAGCCCCAAGCUCAAAGACGUUUCUACGGGACUUUACAAGUCAAUCGAAAUAGGCCGCUCCUAAAAUAAACAAAAAAGUUAAGAAAACCAAAGAAAGGUUGUUUCAGAAGCCGAGAUGACGUACACGCGAUAUUUAUACGUAGCCUUUUAUACUCCCGGUAUGAACAAGACAAGACAAGACAAGAAAAUUAUUUAUACCACACAGAAAAAAAGACAUUAGCAAAAGACAAUACUACUUAUGUAAGGUACAAGCGUCCUUUAGCUAAAAAGCUAAUCUAGCUGGAGGCACAAGUAGAAAACAAUGUAAAAAACAAACAAACAAACAAAGAAACAAAGAAACAAAGAAAAGAAAAGAAAAAACGCAUAUGUGCAGAAUUGAAUCACUGAAAAAUUGAGGAACUGGAGAAAAUAUUGGAAAAGAAAGAACUUAAGGGGGGAGUCUGGUUGAAAUUUUGAGUUAAAUUAUGAACUCGGUCAUUUUUUUGUUGUAUUCGUUUUUAGACAGAAAAACUAUUCAACUUUAAAAUAUUAACACUUUCAGCGUGAGAAAUUAUCCAUAAAAUGAAAAAAAAGUUCAAUCUUUCGCAGUGUAUACAAAGCUGUUUUCCGUUUCCAUGGCAACCGUUUCAAACAAAUGCAUUUUGGAGGGGUUUUUUGCACUUAUAUGAAGUCCGAUUGUUCCUUUGUUCCUGUAGUCCUUUUCAAAACUAUCCCUGUUCAGUGUUUCCAAACUUUGAAGGCCUGGCUGCAUAGCACGGUGUUAUUUCGCUCUUCGUAUUGACUCCAUGUGAAUCUCUCGCACAACGCGAUGCCAAAAGGAGGAAAAAUCGGACGAAAACAGUCCGUACUGAAAAAGAAUUGUCAAAAAAGGAAAUCAAAAUUCAAGGGAGUCCAAAAACAAAAGAAAGUGCCCAUGGAACUGGCGACAAACGCUGCUACUGAAAUCACGUUUGUCGGUGAAGAUGAUGUUGUGAGUGAACAGAUUCCACCGCCUGCUGCUUCGGCUUCUUUGAGAAAAAUUGGUGCUGAAUACACAGAAAGCUCUUCCGAUGAAAGUAUAGAUCCAAAAGGUGAGAUACCAGAAGGAUACCGUCUUGUGUCUAUGGAUAGUCUCAAAGAAUUUGCCAGAAGGAUUCAUUCAAAUUCGCCAUGUGCUUCCGGUGAGAUCAUUAUUUUCAGUGCUUAUUUUUACUUUCGCAAUUCUCAUAGUAUAUAUUAUAAAAUGUGCUUCUCCUGUUGCUGUUCUUGUCCGGCGUCGUCAUCACUUAGUUAUUUUCUUUAUUGUUGUUGUUGUAGGCCAUCUAGAACUUCGAGAAAUGAGUACAAGGCGAUUUGGCCUCAGCACCAGCAUAUAUGCUAUUUGUGAUGACUGCGGUCUGACGGAAUUUCUGGGUACUGGUGAACAUAAUUCCUUAGACAAUGGCCCCAGAACUAUGCAAGGGAAGGAUGUAAAUCGCCGAGUGGUUUAUGCUGCCAGUGAAAUGGGGAUUGGCACGUUGUCUUCUAGGCCUUACCCAAAAAUGCAAAUGAGUCUGUGAAUAUCAUAUAGUGUGGAUUAGGUGCCCAAAGCACAAAUGGCAUGGUAAUGGCUGGGUUAGCUGUUCGGGCUCACACCAGAAAGGAAAGCAGCAGAAGAGACUCUGGGCAAAUUAAAAAGGCUGAGAAAAGGAUCCAGGAUCAGCAUAAAAAAUACAGAGUUGCUUGCAGACAAGCAAAGCAAAGAGACGAGGAACAACGGCGACAAAAGGAGGGCACAACAUACGGUGCUGGUGCUUUCAAUGAACUGACUGUUGCCACAGAACCAGCAAGAAAGAGAAAAAAGAGAUAGAAGUUGUGAUUUAUAUCUAGAAAAUGAUGUGCUGAUACUGCAAUGAGGCUACUUUUACUAAUGUACUAGUGGUAGCUUCCUUUAUUGAAUGUUACACUGCUGAUUUUGCUUGCCAAAUUUUAAGCUGCGUUUUCUCAAAAAGGCAUUUUCGCGGAGUUUUUUUAUGCCCCCUUAGAUUUUUAUUCUUUGGUUUUAUCCGUUUUCUACCAAAUUUGGCUCAGUUACUUAUGAAAGGCUGUUCUACAAACCUAUUGAGGCUUUUUUAUUUUUGAUGAAUACACUUGAUGAUAUUCCAGGUUGAACUUUGUACAAAAUUAUGCCGUUGCUAUGGCAACACAAUUUGCUGAAAACCGAAAUUGCUCAAUAGGUUUGUAGGAGAGUGUGUGUAGUGUUAUUGUGAGAAAUAUCAUGGUUACUUUGUAAAUAGAAAAGAAAAAAAAGUAUGGGGGCACGAAAUUGGUGGAAAAAAGCCUCCAUCAAGAACUUGGUUAAUAAUUAACCAUAAAUUUGCUUAUUAUGGGAUGUAAACCAUAUGCCACAUUAGACUGUGGGCUGGUCUAUUUGCAUGAAAAAUUCUAUGAAGAUACAUAAAAUAGCUGGAGUUUUAUGUGCUUUACAAUCUGUGACAAAUUUGGGCUCAAAAUGUAACCAGACUCCCCCCUUAAUAUGAACAAGCUAUAACACCCAGGUUCUGUGGUAUUUCGUGCCGUCAAAAUAGUUAUUUCUUAUUCUUAACGGGAUCAUUCGUCAUAAAUAACAGAACUUGCCACAUUUAAAACUUUGAAUAAUCAUUUGUCACUGAUUUUAUCUGCCAAUUUACUGUUGUUGCAAGUGCCAUCAAUUGAAUUAGUGUUCCUUGCAAUUGCCUUAUUUUAAAAACUGAUUUAUUCAUUCGUGGACUACCAGUCUCGAAAGCAUUGCAUUGCUAUCUCUCGUUCAAUAUAUAUAAAAAUGAAAUAGAACUGAUUCAUUUUGAUAAUUCAGCAUUAAAUUUUGAUUUCCAGACAUAAACGAGUGUAACACAGGAAAACACAACUGUGACGUCAGUAUUUCAGCGUGCUAUAACACUAUAGGAUCCUUCGGAUGUGCUUGCGGGGAAGGUUAUUCUAAAAACGGAGAAAAUACAUGUACAGGUAAGACUUCAAAUCCCUUAAUUGAAACACUCAGAUAUUUCUUAGCCACGUAUCUUUCAAAUCAAUUUCCUCUGUUCCAAAGUGACUACACAGUGUUUGUAUGAUUUAUCAAGCGAUAUUAUGGAGAGCGCUCUUUUUUUGUACACGCUCACUUAGACAGUCGGGUAGGCUAUGGUGGAAAAUGGGCGAGCAAUAUUCUAGUACGGGUCUCAUUACUGUACAGUGGAAGUCAACAAUAUCUUUACAGCUCAAGCUGAACCUAAAAAAUGCAAACGCUUAUUUGCUUUCUUAAUAGUUUCAUUUAGUAUUCACCAAAUCAGUGGAUACCAAUUUUCGCGCGUUCUGAUUGGCUGCCGUAACUAGGAAUAUCCUCGGAUAUUUACUGUUUCAUUUGUUCAUGACGGGAUUCUGCUUCUCGUUUCGCGACAGUUUCGAAAGAUGAAAUUUUAGCGGUAAAUGAGACAGCUGCACAAACAAAUACCAUGAAAGAGAAAAAAUUGGCUUGUCGGUGUUUACAGGUCACUAGAAAAGAAUUUUCUCACUGAAUUUGGAAGAAAAUCAUAACAAAUGAUCCCCGAAACAUUGUAAACUGAAACGUAAACAAACUCGAACUAAGUGAUUUUUAUCCAACUGAUUUGGUAAAUACUGAAACAACUAUCCCUCUCAGGGUCGGUUCAUAGCGCUAGAUAUAAACUAGAUAUAUACCUCGACGCUUCGCGUCUAGGUAUGUCCCACCUGACUAUUCUGAUCACCACCCCUUCGGGGGAUAUUUGUAUAUUAUAUAAAAGUUCCACCUGCGAUCGUUAAUAAUAAUAAUAAUAAUAAUAAUAAGAAGAAGAAGAAGAAGAAGAAGAAUAAUAACUUUUUUUUAGUGAAAAAAAUUUAUUGACAACAAUGCUAACUAUUAAAAUCCUAUUUACAAUUAAUUCGCUUGAAAAGAAGAAAAAACUAUUCAUUCAAAACAAUUAUGCAAAAAAUAUUUCACCAAAAAAAAUUACUAGGGCUGCAUAAAGUAUACAAAGUGCAUGAACCUACCAAAAAGAGUUAAAACAAUUAUGUCAACACUAAAAUUAUAAAAUUACCUAGACUACUUAAAUGGUAAAACUGCAUAACACCUACUAAAAACGAGAUAAAAAAGCACAUAAAAUUACAAAAAAAGCUUUCUGAAAUAAAAAUGUCUUUUGAAAAGAUGCUACUGAGGGGCUACUCCUAAUCGCAUAGGGCCAUGAAUUCCAUAGUUGAGGAGCAGCAGCAGCAAAAUAUCGAUCUCCUAACGUUGAUAAAGUCUUGAUUUCACAGUGUUUAGUAGCAGUGCAUCACAAUCGUAGAGUAAAUUGUAUUUACAUGCUUCUUUAAGAUUAAUAAGUUCCUGGAGAUAAAAAGGUGCUAAGCCAGUGAUAGCCUUUUACGUUAACAGUAGUAUCUUAAAGUCAAUUUUGAAUUUAACCGGCAUUAUAUAUACAGCAACGGUCUUAUGUGGCAGUAUUUAGUUUCCUGGAAAAUUAACCUAGCGGCAGCAUUUUGGACCCUCUAUAGCUUAUUAAGCUGGUAGGCUGGCACGCCAUAGAGCAGGCUGUUACAAUAGUCGACGCGACAGUGUUAUACCUAAAAGUUUGGCACUACUAUAACAGCUAGUUCCUUCUCGUCGACCACAACAGGGCUGCAGACGUGUUUGUUAUUUUAAAGUCGAUGAUCAUCUCCUUGCAUUGUCAGCGUUUAGUUGCAUGCAUUGUUCACGUGACCAGUCCUCGACGGCACCAACUGCGCUUUGAAUGUCACCCUGUGCUCCUCGCGGGACUAACUCAUCAAUAGUAGAGAGAUUAAGCACCCCGUUUGCAGCAAACGGCAAACUUGAGUUUCAAGUUGGGAAAUUUUGAAAAUGAGAAAUGAGGAGAUAAAAGCAGCUUAAAACAAUCCUUAUGGAUAAAAUUGGCCCGAAUCUACCGAUUUUCGUGUAGUUAUAAUGAACAGAAAACGACUAGUGAAGGGGAAACUUGCUUACUUUUGCCGUUUUGCCGUAAACGUGAUGCUUAAUCUCUCUAGUAAGUAUCAUCAACGUACAGAAUGUGCUUCUAUGUGUCCACACUGAAAACCCCUGAGGAAUAACGAUGGCCCUAGUUUGGUUCCUUGAGGCACACCAGCGGGCACAGGGCCUCAUUCAUAAAAACAGUCCCUCGACAAAUUUACGCGUUGUUGUCUAUGCGUUAAGAAGUCGGCCACCCAGAGGGCAACAGCGCGAGGAAAAGAUAGGCGGAAACCUUUGCGCACAAGCAGGGUGUGGUCGCUGAGAUCGAAGACCUUCCUGUGAUCAAAGGGGACGACUCUUACAACAGCUCCAGGCCCGUCGGUGGCUUGCAACCAUGUAUGUAGCAUGGACGUAAUGGCGUGUAGGGUAGAGGACGCUGGGAUGCAAGCAUACUGAUUUGGAUCAAUCACCUCCAGAACUGCGGGGCCGAAAUGGAGAGCGACGUGCAAGUUUAGAUAUUACGAAGGUUAGGGAGAUCGGCCAAAGAUUUUUGUUAAUGUCGAUAACAGGUUUUAGCUUGGGGACAGGCACCAUCUUCCAGGAUGACGGGCGUCUCUGCUCCUCGAAACUGCUGUUCUGCACAGCUGUAACUGGGCAAGCAAGGAUGCCUACGUACGCCUUCACCAUACUACACCAUCUAGUCCUGCCGCCUUCAUUUUAAAGGGAUAAAACGGCGGGUUCGGAUAGGGUCAGCGGUGACAAAUCCUCACUGUGUGACGGGAGGAAUUCAAUCCUUUGGUAGGACUCCAUAGGUUGUAGGAAUCCUGAGUUGAUUUGGCUGGCAUUCUCUUGGUCUGACAGAAGAGCGGAACCUCGAUCUAUAAGUUGGCAAACCAGGAGCCAGGAGCGAGAGCCAUGUCAGCGAUUUACUUGACCGUACUCCACCUCUAGCUAGGCUCGGUUUGCUUUAGGUGGCUCACUUUUGAGGCGUAGUAGUUGCUACUGAGAACUAUCCAUUUGUCUAAAGGAAUGGGGCCAAAAUGAAACAUCCGGCCGGAUUUUUUGCGUUCGCUGCCAGUUUGCUUUGCAAAAUCCUGCCAGCAAACAUUCUUAACGUGUACUAACCAGGCUUUUGUACUUUUUACAUACUAUAUCACUUCUAAAAGUAAACAGUAACACUAGUUUUAGGCGCCGAAUUUAUUCAGACCAUACUCGGUAAUUGUUGGGGUUUCAAGAAACGGCCCUUUGAGAGAAACAAUCAACAUUUUGGCGUUGGCUUUGAGUUAUUCCCGGAAAGCAUGUGACAUGAUACCACAUAGCUAGAUUGUCAAGUGUUUGGAGAUGUUUGAAAUAGCUGAGAACUGUGAAAAGGUGUUUUUUUUUUAUUAAUGGUAUGUAGACAUAGAAGUAGAGUUAUCAUCAUCAGGCGAGAGGUUGGAAGUCAUUAAUUAGAAGAAGAGGCAUUUUCCAGGGCUACUUGUUUUGUGCAUGAUUCCAUUAACAUUGGUGUUGAGAAAAUCAACAACAGGUUAUGAUCUUGCGAAGGAUUUAUGGUUAAACCUCUUUCUUAUGGACGAAUUAAAAUUGUCUGGGAAACGUGAAGGCCAAAUAGAUUCGUUAGUGCAAACUGUACAGUUCCUUAGUGAGGACAUUAGAAUGGAUUUGUAUUGAAAAAGUGUAGUGUGUUGAGUAGUGAUAGAGGGAUGAAAUUAAGCCCUGUUGGGGUCAAGUAAGGUUGAGGUAAAUCAUUGAUAUGCACAAGGUUCGAGUCCAUGACGUUACCCAUUGUUUUUGUAAAUUUGUAAAUUGUAAAUUGUAAUUUGUUUACCCACGGAGCAAUAAGGAGUUCAUAAGAACUCGUUAAAACGUGUCCGUGCGUUCCAGAUCGAAUUGGAAUUUGAAAGUGUUGGUUUUUAAGGAGAGGGGAAAACCGGAGUACCCGGAAAAAAACCUCUCGGAGCAAGGGAGAGAACCAACAACAAACUCAACCCACAUAUGGCGUCGACGCCAGGAUUCGAACCCGGACCACAUUGGUGGGGGGGCGAGUGCUCUCACCACUGCGCCACCCUUGCUCCCCAACCUAAGGAAAAAGUGGGUUCUUCUUAUACAAUAGGAACAGGCUUGUCUAGAACUAUCCGGUAAGUAACUUGAGCCCGGUUUACCGGAACGGCCCAUUAAAAGAAUAGGAACAAGAGAAGCGAUCACCUAGCAACACGAGAAACGGCUUAUGUUUUCUAUUAUAAUUUAAGCGCUAAAAAUCGAAUAUAUGAACAAAACACACACACACACAGAAAGUGGAGCUGAGAACUCUUUAUUUCAAUUUUGGCUGGCUAGUACAAAACCUCUUAUCUCAGAGUGUGACUGAAAAAUCUUUAAUCAUUUCUUUAAAUUAUCAUGACUAAAGAUAGGAUAUAAACAAAACUCAAGUAAAAAAUUCAGGUAUUCUAUCUCGAGGAGACGACUAACUCUCAGGGCUUGGUGAGCUUAUGGUCUUGUUAUUUUCACGCGCCGUUAGUCAGUUAAUUAUAUGUGAGUUAAAAAGCCGACAUUUGCAUACAAAAUGGCUCCACAAUAAAGACCCCUAUGGAGAACCUUGACUUUUUAUUACAAAAACACAAAAAAACAAUUAUUACCUUAAUGAGGAUCAAAUGAAACACGCUACUAAUAAACGCUAGCAAUAAAACUAGUCAAGAGAGAUAAAGCCAGAUAUCUGUUUUGCAACUGAAAUUAUCGCUUAUCUUUUUCAUCGUCCCGAAGAUCGUUUCCAGAAAGCACAUCAUCCAUGUUGCCCUGUAUUUCUUACAUAGCUGGAAGAAGCGGGACGGGCGAAAGAUUUUGCUGCUUUAGGUAUUUUUAAAGCUCUUAAGGAAUAUUUUCGAGAUACUCUACUGGGUUAAAGCCCUCUUCACUGGGCAGGAGGUUUUUUCGCAGUGGGCAAUUAUCUUGGGUAGUAGCUUUUAGAUCAAUCAGCAGAUAACCAAAAGGUCUUUUUAGGGUCUCUUCGUACUGAUUUAAAAAGAAAUUGCUGGUUUUCGCAUGACGUCACUAAAAUUCAAACUAAAAACUAUUGAUCCUACUGACAUUUUACUUUCACGAAGCGUUAGAGCAGCUGAAAACUAAUUUUCAUACAAAUUUUCGCUUCAAAAGGGUUCUUAUGGUUUUGUGAUAGAGUACGCUUGAAUUUCUAAGCUUUUGCGUGACGCGGCAUUUACAUGACGGCCAAGAGACUUAAGAGAGGUGUCAUGAAGGUUAAAAAAAUGACUUAUUUCAGGAAAUUAUACUAUCUAAACAGUUCGUGUAUUAGAAAAAGUAUUACUUUAAUGUUUAUGAGUUCUCGAAGAAUGAAUUCACGCUUUUUUUAGCAAAACUCGGUAACAGAUGUUUCUGUUGGUUUCCGCCCGCCAUGUUAGAGCUCAUCCAGGUAAACACCAACAUGGCGUCUCCAUACAAAUCUCUAUAAGUUUCGGUAAAACAUUUCUUCGGAUAUCUCGUAUACGAAAUAUUCCUCUGACCUAACUCUUGGCAAGGGUCUUUGAAAAUGUACGUCCUUUCAUUUCCCAGAUUCUGGACCUUAUCUAUUGAACGGUUUUGAUUGUUAUUUUGAUUUAUUUUGAAUGGCGUGAAACUGAAAACCAGCAAUAAGUUUGCCCGGGAUACGUUUACUUGGCCAGAGUCAAGUUUUGCAAUUUGUCUCGUGGAUUCUUGAAUAGCAGCAAAUAAUGACCGUUUAGGCUUAUGCUGCGACUUCCCUCCCCCUGAUGAAAUAGAUUCUGCACGAUAUAAAUCUCGCUGAGAUUUCGAUGAUGAGAACCACGAGUAAAGAGGUUCACAAUUCGCUUGUCUUUACUGGCGUCAAUCAUCUGACCAUCAAACACGAUCACAUUCUCUUUGUUCACAUAAUAAUAGGAAUCCUGCAUCAAAGCCGUAGGAAUUCCCUCGAUAAAUUCAAUGUGUGGCAUGGCGACUAGCAUUUCUGUAUACGCAGGCUGCCAUUGCGAAUAACACCAAACGAUCCUCUCUUGAGGAAGGUAAAUUGUCUCUGAAGCUUAAUGUAAUAGAAAUAGAACCCAGGUCGCUUUUCCGAAAAUUGGUCAUUCCGGCAGUCAUGGAGGUGAGAGGAUCCUCAAAGCGAAACCGCUGACAUUUCUGUGAAGACAUCGGAACUGUUUGAAAUGGGGUGAGACCAGCAUUGCGGUGUUUAGACAUCGCGUGCCUUUGCAUGCUAUCUUUUCUACUAAACGAUUUUUCGCAAACGGAACAGAACAAACUCAUGCCAACUCCUCAGGAGCAGAAUGUAGACUGAGAAAAAGGUAGAAUGUUGCUCGUUUAUAUAGGUUUGGCAAGCAAUGAAACCACAUUAUUGCUUUCCUCCUCCACCACCGCCACAUUUCUAUUGUUAAGUUAUUAACUGUUUCUUUUUUUCGUUGUUGUUUUUAUAAUAAUAUGUCAAGGUUCUCUCUUGGGGUUUUUACUGUAUAGCUGAGCCAGUUUGUAUGCAAAUGUCGGCUUGAUAACUCGCAUAAUUAACUGACUAACGGCGCGUGAAAAUGACAAGACAAUAAGUUCACCAAGCGCUCGUAUCCUCGAGAUAGAAUACUGAAUUUUGUGCAUGAGUUUUGUUUAUAUCCUAUGUUUAGUCAUGAUAAUUUAAAGAAAUGAUUAAAGCUUUUUCGGUUACACUCUGUAACGAUAGCGUGUUCAACAACUGAGCGCUUUCAUUUUGAGCACAUAAUAAUUUCUGCAUGAGCCAAUCAUCAGGGUUAAAAGAGACCGGGCAAUUCUAGGCAAGCCUAUUUUUCCUAUUGUAUAAGAGAGACGCUCAUUAGAUAUUGAGGAAAACACUUAUCAGUAUGAAGGAACCCACUUUUUUGCUAGGUUAAAGCAAUGGGUGACGUCAUGUACUCGACCCUUAUGCAUAUCAAUGAUUUACCUCAACCUUACAAGACACUUACUCGACACCAACGGGGCUUAAUUUUAUCCCUCUAUCACUACUGUGUUAGUAAUGACAAGGGAAAAGAAAGUAAGGUUUGAGAGUAUAACUCUUUUGUAUGGGCGGAUAAUGGGAGAAAUCGUGAAAGAAGGUAUAAAUAUUUGAGGCGGAUUUAAUAAACGAAAAGAAGAUGAAAAAAAAUUCAAGAGAGUAAAAAAGAAGGCUGAAACUUAAAUGUUGAAAUUAAAAUUGAAUUGAAAGAAUAAGGUUAUAGCGAUUAACACCUGCCCAGUGUCAGUGCUGAUCAAGUAUGGAGUAGGUAAGAUGGACAAAGGAAGAACUGAAGACAUUGGAUAUAAUGACUAGAAAGGUGUUGACAAUGAAUGGUGCCUUCUAUUCAAAAAGAGAUGUUGAUAGGUUGUAUGUAUCAAGGGAGGAUGGAGGUCGGGCCGACUAAUAAGCUGUGAGGGGUAUUUGAUAGGUGGGGAAAACAGUUUGGAGUGAUAUGUGAGGAAUUCUUUGGACGUUUUGCUGCAAGGGGUAAUAGUUACUGGUAAAAUUAAAAGUGAAGAAACCGUCAGUAAGAAUGAAUUCAAGACAUCUUGGAACAAUGAGCUGAAACUCGACAGUUGGAAGGAAAAAAGGCUGCAUGGUCAAUUUUUAAGAGAAAUUCCCGGAACAACACAAGUAAGAGAAACUUGGAGCAGGUUACGAAAAGCAAAGUUGAAAAUCCAAACAGAAGCACUUAUUUGUGCAGGCCAGGAACAGGCUCUCAGGACCAAUCAUGUAACUGAUACCAUGUUAACUGCAAGACCGUGCGAGUCCCCCUUAUGUACGUAAUGUGGCGAGAAAGGCGAGAUUGUAAAGCAUAUUGUCUGUGAGUGUAACUGACAAGUUAGCCCAAAGGGAAUAUAAACAGAGACAUGACAAUAUUGCAAAAAUAGUUCGUUGAAAGUCAUGUGAGAAAUAACAUGUGCGAAAGAAGGAUAAGUGGUACGAUAGUGUGAGUAAAUAAGGUGAAGUUAAACCCCAGGGGGGCUACUCGGGAUUUAAAGUGACGGAGAUGAUCGAAUGGAGCCAAAAGUCAAGACCCAAAAAAAUCUCUAGGGCUUCCAGUAAAACCCCCAAAAAUCCCUGGACCAAAAAUGCAGACUAUUGUAUAACACGUGCGAUGUAAAGCGACACCAUAGUUAACUAUUAAACAACAGCAAAACACGUUUGUUUGUACUUUACUCGCAGAACUACGCAGCCAGGGCACUACCGAUUCUUUUUAAUACCCCCUAAAAAAUCCCUACUCAAAUCAAGCUACCCCCAAAAAUGAUUUCCAAAUUUUUGUACCCCAAAAAAUCCCGGAAUCGAAAAUUUCAAACCCAAAAAAAUCCUUCGAUCAUCCCCGUCACUUGAAAUCCCGAGUACCCCCGCUGGGAGUUAAACCACUGUGGCAUAAAGAACAUCCAAUGUUAUCAUGUCAUCAAUGCUACAAUAGACAUGAUCAUGUGGUUGGUCGUUUCGUAGCAAGAUAGAGCAAUCAUUAGACUGUAAAAUAAAUGUCGCUAGUGCGGAUAUCUGAAAUACGUGUCUACAUGCUUUUAUACUUAGGGCUUUUUAUGGACACUGGUUUAGCCGUCAUUAGUAUAAUUCGAUUGUAUGAUCUUGAUAUCUCUGCAUAAUGGAAUUCUUAAUUUUAUAGAAUUUUGAACUUUUAUUACUGAUUAUAUCUAUUUCCUCUUCUUUUAUGUAAGGUUAAGUUACUUCUAUUUUUUAGAAUUUGUAAAUGAAUAGUUUUCUCUUUCUUCAGUUAUUAUAUAUAAGAUUGUUUUUGUUCUCUAAUGAAGGAAUUGUAGAUAGUGUUUUGAUGAAUUGAUUAGAUUUUUUGUAACAGCAGGUUGAUUGUAAAUAGAAUUUUAAUUGAGGUUUUGUAAUAAAGAUUUUACCAAAAAAAUAAUAUAAUAAUAAUAAUAAUAAUAAUAGUAAUUUGAAUGAUAAUUAUAAUACUUAAUAUAUAGUUUAAUAAGGGAAAUAGGACUGAGUGGAGUCAGGAGACCACAUAGCUAAAGUCCAACAAAAACAUCGAAGAGCUCGCGCGGCAUGGCGUGAUUAUUGUACCAUUAACUAGGUAUAUUUGACGAACACUGCCCCCGGGCACUGUCCCAUUACACUGUUAUGAUCAUAAUUAGAACAGCAUUUAAUAGUGGUAGUAGGAGUAGAAAUAGGACUCAGAUUGGAAUCAAUUCCGUCUGUAAUCAUCAGAGUGAUUAGAGAAAACUGUUUCUCAGUAGUCCUCGGAUGGGCUACGACUAUUUAGAAAAAAGGCAAACUGAAUAGUAUCCAAAAGCCGCGCCUCCUGUUUUGCAGACGUAAACGAGUGCGCAACAGGAAAACACAACUGUAACGGAAGCUCCAUAUGCCAUAACACCGAAGGAUCCUUCUUAUGUAUCUGCAGAGAGCCAGGAUAUUUCUGGAACGGCGUUAAUUGCACAGGUAAAUAUCUUCUGUACAUUCAGAUUCUUCUGAUAAAAAAGGCCGCUGUGUGAUCGGGGUUUGUCAUAUGAUGAAAUCAUUGUCAUUAUCGUCAUCAUUGGUAUCGCGGAUAUUUUCCCUUUUUCCUUGAUAGCUAUUUUAAAGAAAAAAAUCAAACGAGAAAGGUUUGUGCAAUUCCUUAGGUUUCAAUUUUAUAAGAACAUGAAGUUUCGAUAUGAUCUUUAAGGUCAAGUAAUACAGGCAACAUUUUCGCUUAAUUUGUUGCGCAACAUUGUUGCAUUCCAAGUUGAAAAGCGUCAUUUUCCGUCUGCAAAUUAACGUUGCAGCCUUUGAAAUUAAAGUGCCUGGCAUUUUGAACCAUGACCGUUUGUAGGGUUGAUUUUGUGUUUAAAUGAGUAUUAUUUCUAUCAGUAGCUUUUAAUGCUGGUCUCAUUUCGGUGGCUGAACACCAACGUGAUAUGUCUUUAACUUAGAGCUUGCCAGUACAAUCGAAUCACGUGAAUUGAGUAAGUAGAAAAGCACCCCAUGCCCCCCUCCCGCUCCCCCCGCUCCCCCCACCCCAAUGAAGCUUUGCCUCUCUGGGUCAACGGGGAAGAAGCUGACGUUGGGACCGAUAAGGGUUUUUAGUUAGUCAUUCUUGUACCAUCUUUAAAGACAACCAGGUAGCUACAACAGCAGCGAUAAAACAUGUCACACAAGAAACCACUUCUUUUUGCAAUCUUUAAGGUCGUUACGUUACUCUCCUCUCAUUUAUAGCGUUCAUGGACUCAAACAUAUUG